ACACACACACACACACACACACACACACACACACACACACACACACACACACACACACACACACACACACACACACACACAUACACACACACACAUAUACGCGCGCGCUAGGACAAAAACAAAACAGGGAGACAGGCAAAGGGAAAAAAUAACAAAACAGAAGGAAAUGUAUAAAGAAAAUAGGAAUAGGGAAAAGAGGAGAAUAAAAGUAGAAAAAAUAGAAACUAAUAAAACAAAAAUACUUGAUACUGACAAAGCAGAAACUUUUGACUUAUAUUUACAAUCCCUCUUUCAGAACGGUAAACAACAUGUACAGGGAAGCGCUGGUGAUGGAGGUGUGGACCGCCCGGGAGCCACCAGUGCCAGAGCCGCAAAGUGGCCCUGUGCUGGACAUCCUCGGGCGUCUCAUCACAGGGAGCAGGAGAGCCAAGAAGGAGAGGGAGACAAAUAGGAGGCCGGCCGGCCAAGCCCCGAAGGCGGAGGCGGAGGCGGUGGACGAGUGCGACCACGCCGACGACACGCCCGUCAUUAACACGUCUCUGUGGGAGGAGCGGAAGGCGCGGGGGGAGAAGCGACCCAAAGCCGGGAGCCCCAAGGACGACUCCAACGACCACGACAAGCACGACGACGACCACGACCCCCACCAGGAGCCGCAGGCGAACGGUGACGAGGCAAGGGCGUGGAACGGCGCGGCGCCGGCUGAGCAGGGCGUCCUGGACACGACAUCCAUCGGCUCCGACCACUCGGCCGACCAGCUGCGCACCAGCACGCCCAUGGCGGCGGACAGGUCGUCCAGCCUGCAGAACCUCGAGCUCUCCAACGUGGCCGACGACGACCUCUCUUACGCCACCGAGAAGAAGAAGCCGAAGGCGCGCACCCUCCGCAGCAUGGGCGCCUCCCUGCGCUCCAGCUUCCGCAAGGGCCUCAACCACAACAACAACCUCCAGGCCGCCGAGGGCGCCGCCUCGCCGACGCUGGCCAAGCGAGCUCCGGACGCCAACUCGAUCCGCUCCGAGACGUCGGACACCGCCGCGCCCUUCGACGAGGACGACGAGGGGCGGGCGAUGCACAGCCAGACGCUGGGCGGCGAGGCCAAGGGCAAGGGCAAGAGCAAGCUGCAGAGGUCGCUGAGCUCGCUGAGCAUCGCGUCCAUCACGAAGCGCAGCAUGAGCAUGCGCCUGGCGUCCAGCAGGGCCACCGAGGUGUUCCGCCGGAUCGGCAGCAUGAAGGAGCGCGGCUACAAGAAGGGCAGCUACUCCCUGGAGGAGGCCGCCUGCGCCAGCAAGCUCUCCCUGCAGGGCCUCGACGACGACGUGUCGCAGAGGAGCUACACGGCCGACCACAACCCCUUCGACGAGGACGACCGCGACGACCCCAAGGACGCCGACAGAGCGCAGAGCCCCGAGGUGGAGGCGGAGCGCGAGUCGCCGCGCCUCGAGAGGGUGGCCGCGUCCUCCAUCACCGUCCCCAGGAGCAUCUUCAACCGCUGGAAGGACCAGAGGACGCUGCGGGCCUUCAGGAACCUGCGGGAGAGGAGCAGCAAAAAGCCGCUGGAGGAGGACGUCGAGGGGUGGAGCUCGCAGAACGGAAGGGCGUCGCCCGUCGCCGACAACCCCGACUGCAUCAGAGAGUACCUGGCGUCCAUCGGCAAAGCGCACCUCAAGGCGGACCUGCUCGGGCACGUCAAAAUCCCCAUCAAGACGUCGGACACCGCCGCGCCCUUCGACGAGGACGACCGCGACGACCCCAAGGACGCCGACAGAGCGCAGAGCCCCGAGGUGGAGGCGGAGCGCGAGUCGCCGCGCCUCGAGAGGGUGGCCGCGUCCUCCAUCACCGUUCCCAGGAGCAUCUUCAACCGCUGGAAGGACCAGAGGACGCUACGGGCCUUCAGGAACCUGCGGGAGAGGAGCAGCAAGAAGCCGCUGGAGGAGGACGUCGAGGGGUGGAGCUCGCAGAACGGAAGGGCGUCGCCCGUCGCCGACAACCCCGACUGCAUCAGAGAGUACCUGGCAUCCAUCGGCAAAGCGCACCUCAAGGCGGACCUGCUUGGGCACGUCAAAAUCCCCAUCAAGAUGAAGAAUCCGAAAAGAAUAUGA